AUGCCCGGGAUCGAUCCAAAGAUCAUCAUGCACAAGCUGCAGGUAGAUCCCCUACAUCAACCCGUCAGACAAAAGAGGAGGAAGUUUGCCCCCGAAAGGGAUGCAAUCAUCAACGAUGAAGUCAAAAGCCUACUCGGCGCGGGGUUCAUUCGCAAGGUACAAUACCCGGAAUGGCUAGCUAACGUGGUCGUAGUCAAAAAGAAAAACUGGAAGUGGAGAGUCUGCAUAGACUUCACAGACCUCAACAAGUCCUGCCCAAAGGACCCCUUCCCUCAGCCUCAUAUCGACAAGCUGGUCGAUGCCACAACCGGGCAUCAACUGAUGAGUUUCAUGGACGCGUUCUCCGGCUAUAAUCAAAUACUCAUGCAUCUGGAAGACCAGGAGAAGAUGUCCUUCAUGACAUCUAGAGGGAUCUAUUGCUACAAAGUUAUGCUCUUUGGUCUAAAGAACGCGGGAUCAACCUACCAAUGGCUGGUGAACAUGAUGUUUGCGGACCAUAUAGGGCGAACCACGGAGGUCUACAUCGACGACAUGUUGGUCAAAUCCCUAGAGGCUGAAGAUCACAUAUCUCACCUGCAGCAAGCCUUCUCCACUCUCCGGAAGUACAACAUGAAGCUCAACCCAGCUAAGUGCUCAUUUGGGGUCAGUUCCGGCAAGUUCUUCGGGUACAUUAUAACCCUCCGGGGCAUUGAAGCCAACCCGGAGCAAAUCAGGGCCAUUCAUUCGAUCCUUUCCCCGAAGAAAGUCAAGGAGGUCCAAAAGCUAAUGGGAAGAAUGGCAGCCCUGAGCAGAAACCCGCUACAGCGAUCUAGCGAAGCUGGCCUUAGCCCUGAUAGUCGCCACUGCAAGUUGCGGCCGUACUUUCAGGCUCACCCAAUCGUGGUCGUCACCUCCUUCCCCGUAAAACUGGUCCUCCACAAGCCUGAAGUCUUUGGACGCCUAGCGAAAUGGGUUGUGGAACUAGGGGAAUACGAUGUGAUUUUUCGACCAGCCACAGCUAUAAAGUCACAGGUCCUGGCAGACUUUGUGGCCGAAUUCUCUCCUAUCUUGCUCCCAGCUUUGGAGCAAGAAGAACGCCUCCGAAGCGAAACAAAGGAAGAAGGAGAAUGGGUCCUGCAUGUCGAUGGAUCCAGCAACAUCAGAGGAGCCCAUGUAGGAAUAUUGCUUACCUCGCCGACAGGGAACACGGCCUCAAGGGCCGUAAGAUGCAACUUCAAAGCGACCAACAACGAAAGCGAGUACGAGGCCUUAAUCGCAGGACUAACACUCGCCCAUCAAAUGGGGGCAGAAAACAUUCAGGUCUUCGGUGACUCCCAGCUGAUAAUCAACCAAGUGCACGGAGAGUACCAAGAAAAGGACGACAGCAUGAUCCAGGAACAGAACUCGCAAGCCGAUGCCCUGGCUAAUCUAGGGUCCGCCCUCGAAACAAACAGUCAUAUGAGCAUACCCUUGCAUGUGCUUCAAUGGCCAGCCACCCUUGAGGAACCCCAAUCCGAAGAGGUCUCCGCUAUCGUAGAGGGCAAAACCUGGAUGACUCCCCUAGUUUGGUACCUAGAGAAUGACAUUCUUCUAGAAGAUCGCAAAGAGUCCAGAAAAAUCAAGAAGCAAGCCGCAAGAUAUUGUAUCUCCCAGGAGAAGCUAUACCGGAGAUCCUUCUCAGGGCCGUACUUGAGAUGUGUCACACCUCGAGAAGCCGCUAGAAUCCUUGUAGAACUACAUGAAGGAGAUUGUGAGUCCCACUCUAGCAGCAGGAGCCUGGUGCUCAGGGCCAAAAGAGCAGGCUACUAUUGUCCCACGAUGGCCGCAUACGCCAACCAGCAAGCCAAACACUGCGACCAGUGUCAGAGGCACGCUCCAGUAUUUAAAGUCCCUCCGGAAAACCUCAAGUCCAUAAGCUCACCGUGGCCCUUCAGAAAGUGGGGCAUGGACAUAAUGAGAAAAUUCCCUAUGGCGCCGGGGCAGAAGGUCUUCCUUCUGGUAGUCACUGAUUACUUCUCCAAAUUGGUCAAAGCAGAAGCACUCAGCCGGAUCACAGACCUCCAGAUCCGCAAAUUCCUAUGGACGAACGUAAUCACUCGCUUCCGGGUCCCCCAUGAGAUCAUCGUCGAUAAUGGACCGCAGUUCACGAGCCACAAUUUCAAGGAGCACUGCAAGGACUAG